CUGUCACAUUUCAUUCCAUCAGGUACUUCCGUAGGAGGUAUACCGUGAGGCUGCCAUACCUACCUCCGGUCCACCACCUCACGUGCACCCCCUUUUGCUCGGGGCCGCCUUCGCGGAGAAGAAUGGCCGUCUUACGUAGGUAUUUUUGUUGUGCGCACAUUUGGGACGUUGUGCUAGGUUAGUCGGGUUGUUCAGGGCAGGAUACACGAUUAUACCACGUUGAUGAGUCAAAUCGAAUGAGGGCAGUUACGAGUCUAAAUCUCGCCGCUGCCUCGGUCUGAGGUUUCUAGCACGUGUGUUGUCUAUUUCCUUUUACCCUCACCUUCUCCUCCUCCCUCCCUCCCUCUUGUGCCAGGCUACUCGAUGCGUGGCACAGCACCAGACAACACGAGACAACACAAACGCGAGCGUGACGGCCAAACGGGAAAGUACUAGCAUUAGUGACACGCGAUCCGAAAGAUUCUAGUCAUCUUGAUCUUGUCCUCCUCCGGCCUCGUGGUGUGUAUACCUGCCGAACUGCCACGUCCGAUAGAAAGCCGUCGAGAUUUUCGUGUCUAGACUUGCCCAGGUCAGAUCGCAGAAACUUCAGCCCCCCCCCGCCCCCUCUCCCCCUUCUCGGGGACAAUGACUACGAGAUACUGCGACCAUGCCGUAUGACGACUCGAUUCUCACUCUCACCUCCGUGGGAACCCCCGAUCCCUUCGUUAUCCAAUUUGGAGGGCAAUACUAUUUCACCUUCACGGCGGGGAAUAGAGUUGAGAUCUGGAGCUCCCCUAGUCUGGUGGAUAUAGAGGCCUCUUCCUCUCGACAUGUAAUCUGGAACCCUCCUCAGGGUACUGACCACUCAGCUGACCUGUGGGCCCCCGAGUUGCACCCCAUACGCGGUCGAUGGUACGUCUAUUAUGCUGCAGCACACCCAGCCCACGGAAACAAGAGUCACCGUAUGUAUGUGCUGGGGGGACCGCCCACGACUAGGAACCCGUGCGAGGGCGAGUGGGAAUUUUUGGGCCGUAUUCGAGGCAUGCUGCCAGACCAGUGGGCCAUCGACGGCACCGUGUUCGAGCUGGAGGACGGCCAGUUAUACCUCGCGUACUCGGGAUGGCCACUUGAAAACCAUUAUGGUCAUGUGGACGUUGUCGGCGAGCCUUCCGACCUCGUCCAGGAAAUAUUCAUCGUGAAACUCGAGGACCCGAUUACGGUGGCGAGUAGCCCCGUUGCCAUAUCUCGGCCGCAGCACGCAUGGGAGCUAUCACGGGAUGGUAAUAGCAUAGACCACCGUAUCAACGAGGGCCCGCAGUUUCUUCGGGCUCCGGAUGGCCACUGGAGAGGGCUCGUCUACUCUUGCGCCGGGAGCUGGACGCACGAGUACAAGAUGGCAACGCUACAGCUGAUCGAGGGGGGUGACCCGCUAAAUCCAGCGUCGUGGCACAAGGGUAAAGGGCCACUUAUCCAGACGCGAGAGUAUACCGAUCAGGUUGACGGAGGAGGAGACAACGGGGGCCGGGGGAUCGGGGGGCCGUUUGGGCCCGGCCACGGUUGCUUCGUACAUGUAGAGGACCAGGUGGUAGCAGUCUAUCACGCGACAGAUACUCCGACAGACGGGUGGCAAAACCGACGAGCAAGGGCGCAGCGACUCGUGUUCACGAACGACGGGCCGUACAUGGGGGUACCACCCGGGCUCGCAGCGCAGGCGCUACUGGGGCGUCGUCAGGAAAAAGGAGGUAUAUUGAGCAAACUGAAGCAGAGACUACUUCGCAAGCUACGGAACGUGGAAGAGGAGGUCGUAACUGGCGAGGAGAGCUUGAGGAAACUACUAGGAGAAUGUAAAGCCCCCUGAAAAUUGGGACUGCCGGUUGCACGAAUCUACGGCGGAGAGAAAGGAAAAGUGGAUUGUUCCGCUCGGGGGCGAAGUGGUAGAUGCUCCGAGGAGCUUUUGCUAUACUAAUGAUAAUACUAC